GGAUGAAAUCCCGUUCGAGUACAGAUAAGAACACCUCCAUAAUACGCAUUAUUAUUAUUCAUGUAUAAAGCCGCGUGUCUCCACCCCUCACCCUCGUGGUCUUUCGGAUUUAUGAGCUGUGAGCCAUAUAGUCCCGUCAUCACAGAGCGCAUGAAUAUUUAAAGGCACACAGAGGCCGAACAGUAGUUGCUGUAAAGACUUGAAUCUAUGUCUGUACUGAAUUUUAUUUCUAUUAACUGAUCAUGGAGAAAGAAACGGAGAGAAACACCAUGACAGAGUUUUGGAAGGAACACUCCAAGUUGGCGACGGUAGAGGAGAUGAUGCUUGAUUCUAACGCUCAACAGCUGACCCAACAUGAACUUCCAGAGAUCCUCUCAAUGCUGCCAUGUCUGGCCGGGACCGAUGUGCUGGAACUCGGAGCUGGAAUUGGGCGUUACACGCGUCACCUCAUUGGCAAGGCCCGUCACGUGACCGCAGUGGACUUCAUGGAGAACUUUGUGGAAAAAAACAAGGAGGACAACAGUCACCUAGGCAACGCUGAGUUCCUCCAAGCUGAUGUCACAAAGCUGGACUUCCCAAAACACAGUUUUGACUUGGUCUUCUCUAAUUGGCUGUUGAUGUAUCUGAGCGAUCAUGAGUUGAGGUCCUUGGCUGAAAAGAUGCUCGGUUGGCUCCGCCCAGGCGGGCACCUGUUCUUCAGAGAGUCCUGCUUUCACCAAUCAGGUGACAGCAAGCGAGAUUUUAACCCCACCCACUACAGAACCCCCGCCCACUACAACCACCUUAUCACAUCAGUGGUGCUGGACGAAUCAGAGAAGGCGGAAAAGAAAUGCUGCGGUUUUGAUAUAGUCCUCAACAAACCCGUUCAGACCUACGUCAAGAUGAAAAAGAAUCAGAAUCAGCUGUGUUGGAUCCUGCAGAAGGUUCGGCGUGAUGUGGUCGAGCAGCAUCAGGGCGGAUUCUCCACCUUCCAGCAAUUUCUGGAUAACCAGCAGUACACCCGCAGAGGAAUCCUGCUUUAUGAGAAGAUGUUUGGCUCUGGAUAUGUCAGCACAGGAGGACCCAGAACUACAAAGGAGUUUGUGGAGAUGUUGAACUUGACCCCCGGACAGAAGGUGCUGGAUGUCGGCUGUGGUAUUGGAGGUGGAGAUUUCCACAUGGCCAAGACUUUUGGUGUCGAAGUUCUGGGGAUGGACCUGUCGUCUAACAUGGUGGAGAUCGCUAUGGAGAGAGCCGUCACAGAGAAACUUCCUCUAGUGCAGUUUGAGGUGUCGGAUGCCACGAAGAGAAGUUUCCCUGACCGCACCUUUGACGUGGUGUACAGCAGAGACACCAUCCUGCACAUCAAGGACAAAGUUGACCUCUUCAGAAAGUUUUAUUCAUGGUUAAAGCCAGGCGGGAAGCUUCUGAUCAGUGAUUAUUGUUGUGGAGAACAGCCGUGGUCUCCAGCGUUUCAGGAGUAUGUGAGUCAGAGGGGAUAUAUCCUCUACACACCUCAGAGAUACGGACAGUUCCUGAAAGAGGUUGGAUUCACGAAUGUUCAAGCUUUGGACAGAACAGAACAGUUUAUUCAAGUCAUAAAGUCUGAAUUACACAGAGCAGAGGAGAUCAAAGAAGCUUUUAUACAGGAGUUCUCCAGCGAAGAUUAUGAUAUUAUCCUAAAGGGAUGGACAGAGAAACUACAGCGCUGUGAGACUGGAGACCAACGCUGGGGACUUUUCUACGCUACCAAAGACUGAGGGAGAGAGAGAGGCCGAGAGAGAGAGAGAGAGAGAGAGAGAGAGAGACACACAGAGAGAGAGAGAGAGAGAGACCGAGAGAGAGACUGAGAGAGGGAGAGAGAGAGACAGAGGGAGAGAGACACACAGAGAGAGAGAGAGAGAGAGAGAGAGAGAGAGAGAUCCAAAAAAUGAUCAAAGCAAAAAUCUGCUGUAUUUAAAUGCACUAUUCUGUUAAAUUCUGUGAAUUGCAAGACAGUGUUGUAAUUUGAUUUCCUCUUAGAUCAAUAUAUUAAAAAUAUCCAAUUUUAUUUACUACAUUUGUUUGUUUGACUUAAUUCUCUUGUGAUGUUACAAUAUUUUAUAAAAAACAAUAAAAUAAACUUCACAAACA